UACGACAGAAAACAUGGCUGCGCUCUUGAGAUCGGCACGGUUACUCAAGUUUUCGCCUUCGGGUUUGCUCCAAAUCGCAGGCACUAAAAGAACCGGACCGCCACUCGGGCGGCUGUACAGCGGAUCUGUCUGCGGGGGAAGGAGCGGAGUUUGUUUCCGACAAAUCAGCCCUGUUUCUGAUAAUGCGUCCAGUCGCGUGUGGCCGUAUGCCGUGGGGUGCGUUCGUAGCUAUGCUGUGGCCACAGAGCACAAGGAUGACGUCAGCACCGCCGUGCAGUCCAAGCAGGCUCAGCAGUUCGACUGGGCCUUGAAAAAGCUGGACAGCUCUGUGAGGAGGACUGGUCGCAUCACCAAGACGAUGCUUCUUCGCAUCUUCCAUGACAUCAGCAGGGCAGGAUACCCCAGCGCCAACCAGGCCUUGUUGCUGCUGCGUAGCUGUGGCUCUCUGCUACCUGAGGUGCCUCUGAUGGAGCGCACCGAGCUGGCGCACCGUGUGUGGAAGAAGAUGCAGGAGCUGGGUGUACAGUAUGAUGUUAGUCACUACAACGCCUUGCUCAAGGUUUACCUGCAGAACGAGUUCAAGUUCUCCCCGACCGACUUCCUGGCCAAGAUGGAAGCCGCUAACAUCCAGCCAAACAGAGUUACUUACCAAAGACUCAUCGCAGCCUAUUGUGAAAGUGGAGACAUUGAAGGUGCCAGCACCAUCCUGGGUUUCAUGAAGAGCAAAGACUUACCCAUCACCGAGGCUGUGUUCAGCUCCCUGGUGACCGGCCAUGCUCGUGCAGGCGACAUAGAAAGUGCGAAGAACAUCCUGCCUGUGAUGCGGGGAGCAGGGAUUGAGCCGAGUCCUGACACUUAUGUAUCACUGCUGAACGUGUACGCUGAGAGGGGCGACUGGGACGCCAUGAAACAGACUCUGGAGGCUGCAGACGCUGCAGAAUGCAAUCUGAUGGACAGGGACCUCAUGCAAGUUAUCUUCUCUCUGGCCAAGUCUGGAAACGAGAAGUACAUCCCACAUGUGGCUGAACGUUUCAGGCAUGAGAGGGGUUUCAUUCCAGAUGCCAUGAACUUGUGCCUGAACCUCGUGACCCAGGGAAAGGUGGACUCCUCUUUUCUGAUCCUCAAGAUUUUCCCCUCACUGCAGUCUGACGGCUCCAGUGACUCCAUGAACCUGGGCAACUUCUUCCUCAGACACUGCAUCACCAUGGAAACGCCACCGGAGAAGAUUGUCCAGUUCUGCAAGGAGCUCCAAGAGGGAAAUAUGCACAGUGCACCGCUCAGCUUCGCUCUGUUCUGUGCCCUGGACGCCAGGAAGACUGGUAUAGCUUUAGGGCUGAUGAAGCUAUACAAGGAGCAGGGACUUCCCUUAAGACCUCACUUCUUCUGGCCCCUCCUGGCUCCGCUCGUGAAAGAAAACAACACAGCUGGUGUGGUUGACAUGUUGAAGAACAUGCAGGAGCUCGGCGUGUCCGUCGACAUCGACACUUUGUCUACCUACUUCACCCCGGUCUUCCCCAGCCCCGAGGCCGCUGAAGAGGCCCUCAAGGAUACAGGCAUCACCAUGGAUUCGGGGGCCUUUUUGCGCUUGGAGAUUCGCUCAUUGGCUUCGAACGACCUGGCCAAGCUGUACACCACACUGUCGGAUCCUUCUUUCCCUCCGGUGGACCUCACUUUGUUCCGCAACAGCCUCAUCGCAGGCUUCAAAAAGUCAUCGGAUGUGGAGAGCAUGGUGAAGAUUACUCAGCUCUUGUUCAAGGAUGAGCGCUUCUGCAAAGAAACUUGGUCACCUUCUGGAUCUGCAUCCUUCCUCCUGUACAAUCUGAUAGACAGCAUGUCAGCGGCAGAAGCCUCUGCACAGGAAGAGAAACUGCGGAAAUUCUUCAAUCAGCUUCGUGCUGUGCAUAUUAUGAUUCCGUUUAACAUCUACAGAGGCAUCAGGAACCUCCUGGAGUCUUAUCAGGUUCCUCAGCUCAUCAAGGAGGUGCUCCUGCUCGUUGAUCGCACAGACAAAGUGCUCAGCGACUCUGAGACAUCUGAAUCUCCUUUCAGUCAUGCUACGACUAGGCUGGCGGCGCUUGAGGCUACAUUGACUAAGCUGAACGAAGAGGGCAAAGCACUGGGAUUUGUUCUCAAACAAGCCUUUCAGGUUCUGAGUCAAGAGGAGGAUCUGGAGCGUGCCCUUGAACUGAAGCGGCAGUACGAAGAUAAGAUGACAGUCGCCUCCUACGCCACCCUCAUCAACCUGUGCUGCCGCCACAACAAUGCGGAGGAGGCGCUCAACCUGAAGAGGGAGAUGUGUCGGAAGGACUCAUCAGUAGUGCUGAACACCAGUAAAUAUAUCACGCUUGUCAAGACCCUCUUCUUAAAUGACAAAAUUGAGGAGGCAGUGGACAUCCUGAAAGAGAUGAAAGAGAAGGAGGUUGUGUUUAAAGACACGCACACAACCUCGCUCUUUCACGUCCUCAACGCCGUAGCGCACCAUUGCAGCACCUCUGCCGUCCAGCGGCUGCAGGACACCAUCUUUACGUCGGGCCUGGUCAAGCCCACCGCCAACCUGUGCUCACCUGUAAUUACUUCUUAUUUGGAAAGCAAGGACUUGUCCGGAGCUCUCGCAGCAGCGGAGGAGUGUCAGAAGCGCUACAACCUGCUGCCCCGCAUCCACGACAUCACCACCGCUCUGAUCGAGAAAGGAGACACGGAGCUACUUCAGAAAGCCAUGGACAUGGUGAGUCACAGUCUAGGGGAGAUGGCCAUGCUCUAUGAGCUGUUCUUUGCAUUCCUGCAGACAGGCCGCUACCGCGAGGCUCAGAAGAUUAUUGAGACUCCCGGCCUGAGGGCUAAGCCUGGACGCAUGCAGUGGUUUGCAGACAAAUGUAUUUCCAAUCACCAGAUGGAGCCCUUGGAGAAGAUGGUGGAAAUGACGGUUAAACUGUUUGAGUGCGACAGGGAUCAGAUGUACGGUUACAUCCUCCGAUUCUGCAAGGAAACAAACAACUGGCAGAAGGCUGACGCGACCUGGACGAAGAUGCAGGAGGAGAACGUCAUUCCUCGAGAGAAGACGCUGCGCUUACUGGCGGAAAUCCUGAAGGACAAUGGCCAGGAGGUGCCCUUUGAUGUGCCUGAGUCCUGGUUCAAACAACCUGCCGCUCCACAGCGAGGCAAGCCAGAUUCAGCACCAGCCCCCGCCGCAGUCAAAAGUGGGUCUGACUACCAGAUCCCUCUGUUGUCGCUCUGUAAGAAGGGCAAGGCCAACGAAGCGUAUGGGUUGCUGAUGGAAGCCGACGUAAAGGGUGUGGUUUUGGCCGCCACUGUUUAUGAUCACGUGGUGCGCUGCCUGCUGGCCAACGGAUCGAUUGAUGAUGCCAUGACAGUCGUAGACCUGGCCAAGUCUCGUGUGGCAGACUUCAAGAUGAGCGCCAUCGCCUCCAAUUUGUUCAUCAUUACCUGCUCCGCGAAAGGCCAGCCCAGAGAUGGUCUCGAGAAGCUGAAGGCAAUUAUCGAGUUGGACCAGGUGCCCUCGCGUAUCUCCGUCACCAGACUCGUCCAGAGCCUGGGUGUCCAUGGCGACGUGUCAGGGAUCCAGGAAGUGGAGGAGGUGGUGAAGAAGCUGGGCCCACACCUUAACCUGUCCAGCAUGGUGAUCACCAACAACAUAGCCCUGGCACACAUCAAGAAUGGUGAUGUGGAUUCAGCCGUCGAGUUGUUGGAGGGAAUUUACACCAGCCCCAAAAGCACACAUCCCAGUAUGUCGUUCGUCUUCAGAAAGGUCAUGGAAGACGGCCACGACCAAGCCUUAGACAAGUUGAGUGCUAUGGCAGAGCGACUAGCCAACCACUUCGCCUGCUACAGGCCGGCUUCAGACCUCUUCCUCCAGCUGCUGGACAUGGACAAAGUAGAGGACGCCAAAUUCAUGCUGGCUCGUGUUAAUGCCCUGGCUGAACAGAAGCAAGUGUUGCUGUCCUUCGUGUCCAAGAAGACUCAGAAUCCUGGAGAGAUCGGGAAGAUCAAUAACCUGCUGAGCCUGAUUCCAGACUUCGUUGAGAAGGAGGUGUUGUACCCGUACCUGAUGAAAUGUCACGUCCUGGACGUCAACUUAACGGCAGCCAAGGCUUUAUACGAACAGAUGAAGAGCGAGGGCAUGGUCGUGGACGAGCUGUCACUCAAGCGGCUGGCCGGGCUUUACCACAAAGCAGGAGAGACCCCACCCUUCAGCGAGCCCCCCGAGUCCUUUAAGUUUUAUGCAGACAAGCUGAAAGAGAAAUUUGCCAACGCCAAGCAGACAUCAGAGGAGUAAAGAUUCAUCCCCGUACCUCCAUGAAAACCCCACUAUUUCCUUCCUUAGCUUUUUUUUUUUUAUAUAUAAACAUUGUUUGAGGAAAAAUUCUGUGUUUCUUCUGUGUUGUAACUGUUGGAUGUUAAGACUCUGUCCACCAAUGUGAUGUUGAAGAUGCUGAAAAUGUACAGAAGUAUUUAUGCUAAUAAAUGAUGGUAGGAUUCCA